AUGGGUUUAUUUGAUACACACAAGGGUCACCAUGAUGAAGUAUAUUCAGGUGAACAUGAACAUAAAGGCCAUUUAAGUCACGAAGUAGUGGCUGGUGCUGUAGGUUUCGAAGCCUUCAAGGCGUAUGAAAAGAAACGUGAAAAAGAGGGUCACCACGAUAAACAUGCUCUUGCUAAAGAGGUAUUGGCAGGUUUGGUUGCUGCUGAAGCUGAAAAGCUAUUUGAAACGAAAGGAUUAAAACAUAUUGAUGCUGCAAAGGCGAAAUUGGAUGCCAAGAGACAUGCCGAAAAAAUGUAUGAGGGCGUUGCUCCUCAUGACUAUGAGGUUGGCGAAAAAGUAGAUGUUCAUGUCAACUCCCUUACACCGAUGAUGGGACCAAAAAUGCAACUACUUAAAUCUAUUAUUCCGUAUGAUUAUUACUACAAGCCUUUUCACUUUUGUGAGCCCGAGGACAAAAAGGAUCAACCCGAAUCUUUGGGUAGUAUCCUAUUUGGAGAUCGUAUAUUCAACUCUCCGUAUGAGUUGUUUAUGCUUAAAAACGAUUCCUGUCAUGUACUUUGCGAGAAUCAAAGCAAAAUUCCGGGAGAAGAUGCCUCAUUUAUAAACGCUCGCAUACGUGAAAAUUAUGCGAUAAAUUGGCUUAUCGAUGGGCUUCCAGCUGCCAGCAAAAGGACGGAUUCAAAAACCAAUUCUGUUUUCUAUAGUAUUGGGUUUGAGUUAGGUAAUCAAGGGACCAUGUCAAAUUUGAGCCCUUUAUUGCAUAAUCAUUAUGCUAUCGAAAUUCAGUAUCACCAGCAAGAUGAAAAUAAAUAUCGUGUCGUCGGUGUUCUCGUCCGUCCCUCGAGUCAUAAGUACGAGUCUUUAGAUGAUGCUAAAAAGUGUCACACGACUGGAACUUUAACUUUAGACGAGAAAACCGACAAUGCAGUAUGGUAUACUUAUAAAGUUGACUGGACGAUAUCACCAACUGCAUGGGCGACACGAUGGGAUAAUUAUUUGCACACCUUUGAUCCCAGAAUUCAUUGGUUUAGUUUGGUCAAUUCCAUUGUCAUCGUUCUAUUCUUGACGGGUAUGGUAGCCAUGAUUUUACUUCGUGCACUUCACAAGGAUAUCUCUCGUUAUAACCAAAUCGAAGCUCAGGAAGAUGUCCAGGAAGAUUUUGGUUGGAAGUUGGUUCACGGUGAU